UAACUACUUUAACUUAUAGUAACUGUUUAAAAUUUGAGGUUGGUCUGGUUUUGUAUGGAGUGGAGAAUGGUAAACUGGUUUUCAAAUAUGGAAUUCCCAGGAACAUUGUUCCCCCUUCCUGAUGACAUGUUGAAUGAUGUUACAGUUGCUCUUCUCACUAUUUUCAUCACUACCGUUGCUGCUGCUGCUGUCGUUGCGGCCCGUCUUUAUUUCAAAAAGAAGCCUAAAGGGUGCUUAGAUCCUGAGAAAUUCGUAGAGUUCAAACUUGUUAAAAGGACAAAAGUUACCCAUAAUGUUGCAAGGUUCAGAUUUUCCCUUCCAACGCCUACUUCAGUCUUGGGUCUUCCUGUUGGGCACCAUAUAAGAUGCAGAGGAAAUGACAGCGAAGGUGAAGCAGUUAUCAGACCAUAUACCCCAAUUACUUUAGAUUCAGAUCUCGGUUACUUUGAACUUGUGGUAAAGAUGUAUCCAAAGGGAAGGAUGUCACACCAUUUCAGAGAGAUGCAUGAAGGCGAUUUCCUGGCUGUGAAGGGACCAACGGGGCGGUUCAAAUAUAAACCAGGCCAAGUUAGAGCAUUUGGGAUGCUUGCUGGUGGGACCGGCAUUACCCCAAUGUUUCAGCUUGCCAGAGCCAUAUUAGAGAACCCAAAAGAUAAAACAAAUUUGCAUCUUAUCUAUGCAAAUCAUACUUUGGAGGACAUUAUUUUGAAGGAAGAACUAGAUGUGUUCGCUAGCAAGUUCCCCAAUCGCUUCAAAGUUUAUUAUGUUGUAACCCAGGCUCCUACUGAUGCAUGGAAUGGUGGUGUUGGGCAUGUAUCAAAGGAAAUGAUUCAAAGCCAUUGCCCUUCACCCGGACCGAAUAUUCAGAUAUUGAGGUGUGGGCCAGCAGGCAUGAACAAAGCCAUGGCUGUUCACCUUAAUGCAAUUGGUUAUACUUCAGAAAUGCAGUUUGAGUUCUGAAUCUGAUCCAUCUGCUAGUUUCUACUUUGUAUAUGUUGUGAAUGUUAUUAAUGUUAUAAAGCUAAUAAAUGUUCUUUAAUUAGGAUUAGUUGACCUUACAAUUCACUAACAAAGGAGGAAAACUGUAUUGGCAUGACCUGUCAUGGCAUGAUAUGUUUUCUAAAAAUUCAAGAGUACAAUGUAGUUAUUUUAUCCUGACACUAUUCUAUGGACGGUUGAAUUAUAUUUUGUAUACAUCACAACUUGAUCUUUCACUUGCCA